AUGUCUCCCGAUGAGAAAGUUAAUGAGUCAUCUAGCGGCUCGCCUGCUGCUAAUAAUAUUGACGUCGAAGCCGCUCCGCACACUGCCAACGCCCUUGUCGAGGAUGUCCCGAACAUGUUGGGAUGUUUUCCAUUUGCAGGUGCUAUUGAAACAGGCCUGCUCAUUAGCAGUGCGACAGCGCUGUCGAGAGGUGGGCCCGCCAGCAUGCUUUUGGCAUAUUCAUUCGUUGGUCUUUUGGUGCUUAACAUUAUGUCUGCUCUCGGCGAAAUGGCCGUUUUUAUGCCUAUGGACCAAGGUUUUGGUGGUUAUGCCUCUCGACUGGUGGAUCCGGCCUUUGGAUAUGUUACUAUCUGCUUAGUGUUCGCCACCGGCAUGAACUAUUUUCUGAAAUAUGUGGUGCUCCUGGCCAACAAUCUCACAGCAUCGGGUAGAUUUAUGCCCGUACAGUAUUUUGGGGAAGUUGAAUUCUUCAUAGCAUGUAUCAAGACAGUAACUAUUAUGGGUUUAAUGAUUCUCUGCCUAGUUAUUGAUCUGGGGGGCAGCCCGCAAGGGCGUCUUGGAAUCAGAUAUUGGAAAAACCCCGGUGCCUUCAAGAAGUACCUCGAAACAGGUCCCACGGGACGCUUUCUCGGUUUCUGGGGUUCUGUGGCCAAUGCUGCGUUUGCAUAUAUGGGCAGUGAGAUGGUGGGGUUAGUUGUGCCUUCUUCGAACAUACGCUUGAUAGAUGCUACGAAAGCAGAUACUGGUGCAGGCGCGUCACCUUUUGUCGUCGCAAUUGUCGAUUCGGGAAUUUCUACCCUUCCUCAUAUAAUCAACGGCUGUCUCUUAGUGUUUGUACUAAGUGCGACAAAUACAGAUAUCUAUGUUGCAUCGCUGGACAUUGAUUCAGGAAGCGCUCGGGUUUUUGAAUACUUUGUGUCCCUUUCUACAAUCCUGGGGUUAUUGAACUGGGGCAUGGAAGCCCAGGAAGUUAGCAGAGAUGAUCUGCCCUUCUCGGGGCACUUCCAAAAGGCCAGGGCCCAAAUUACUCUAUUCUUUACUGUUCUGAUUCUCCUUACUAGUGGUGAGUACCGACGACAACAAUACGCAAUGCUUCACUAA